AUGAAAAACUCCAGUGACCAUGCAUAUUAUUUCAACUGUACGCAGCUGCCUGGGUAUCAGCAGACUUUCCAACGCAGUGAAACCUAUGAAUAUUCACUAUUGGUUAUCUUAAUUCUAAACUCAAUAACCGCUUUGCUAGUAAUCUGUAGCAAUGUCCUUGUCAUCUAUAUCAUAACUACAACCAGGUCUUUAUAUUCGCCUUCAUAUUUUCUUAUCCUUGGUUUGGCUAUUUCAGAUCUUUGGGUUGGUAUCUUGUCACAACCUUCUUUUUCAGCUAUUCAGUAUUUUGAGCUUAUAGAAGUAGCAGAACCUUACUGCGUUGCUGCGGUUGUCUAUCAAUUCAGUGGGUGGUUCCUUGCGUCUAUCUCCCUAUUAACACUCACAGUACUUACCACUGACCGUUUUUUAGCUCUCCAUUUUCAUCUUAGAUAUCAGGAAUUUGUUACCUGUACACGGGUCGUAUUAGUGCUGGUAAUUAUAUGGAUUUAUGGUAUAUUGGCUGGAAUAUUCAGAAUCUUUACCACAGACAAGAUAUUCACAGUUCAUAUUUUGAUUCUUAUUGGAGCUAUUUUACUGAAUAUAAUCUUCCUUUGUAAAAUAAAUCAAACUGUUCGAAGACAUUCAGCUCAGAUUCAAGCUCUACAAGCACAGCCGAGCAUGAACAUUCGAAUGAAGAAGUCCGUUAAUAUUGUAUAUUACAUUAUUGGUACAUUCGUACUUUGUUUCUUUCCCUAUGUCGGUUGUAGUGUGGCUAUUGUGAUUAUACAGACUUGGACCCAAACUAUUCGGAUUCUAUUCAGAGCUGCAGAGUUCUUUGCAUUAACGAACAGCUUGUUGAAUCCUAUUAUUUACUGCUGGAGGAUCGAAGACAUGCGCAAUGCUGUCCGUCAACGUUUUCAAAGCAUUUUUAUUACCAGUCCAUCCGCAAAUCAGUGAGUGCUAUUUUAUAUUUUGGCGGGAAAAUGAGAGAUUUUUCAUUUAAAUGGAUAGCAGCCAUAGCUCAGCGUGCUGACGUUUUCAGAUAUAAUAUAUACUGCUUGAAAUUUAGGAUGUCUCCAGCCAUGAUGCUUUGGCUUGGAAACACUCUCAGAAUAAAGUAUAAAUUCCAUUCCUUUUAGAGCAGUAUGCCGGGAAAAAAAAACUGUUAAUUUCAAAUGCUCGAAUUCUGCUCAAAUCUCAAUCAAAUAAAAGAUUCUAAUGAGGAUUUUUGGUCAAUGUUAACCCAGAAUUUGUUACUCUAGCGAUAAUUGUGUAUUUUUAUCCAAACUGAAUUACUUGCGCUUGUUUACCAACGAUUAAAAGGCUUGGACCGAUA